AUGUUCAAUUACAUGACGCCGCUCGAGGGGGUGGGCCUGGACCCCGCAGCUACAAGGACGUACUUCGCCGAGGGCCACGACAUGCAUUCGCUCCUUUUCGCGUUUUUGGACGAGCUGCUGUUUGUGUUUGCAACGGACAUGGUGGUGUGCCGCGAGGUGGAGGUUCUCGAGCUGGACAGAGGUGCCCACAGGAUUUGCGCCGUGGGGCAUGGCGAGCGGUUUGAGCGGGGGCGGCACGAGGCUGGCACGGAGGUGAAGGCAAUCACGUACAGCAACAUGCAAAUCCGGGAGACGCCAGGGGAUUGCGAGGUCUUCGUCAUCAUUGACAUUUGA